UCUUUUUUGGUUCCUUAUAAAUCAAAUUAAAAAAUAUUCUCUUCGCGCAGAUCGUAACGUCCUGGGAGCAGAGCUUGGAAGGUACAUCAACUGGGAGCAUAUUAAAAGCGUAAUGGAAGUUCUUUACUCCUUGUUGAUCAUUCUUUUAAUGGCUGACACCUGCUGCAGCCAGACGUGCUCGAAUGCAAAUUGGUGGCAUACUUUUGACCGAGAGGGAUGGUCUUAUUGUGACUGCAAAAAUCAAUACAUGACUGGUCUUUGGAGGAAUGAUGCUAAAGGUUCAGAUGAUGGUAUCUAUCUCAUAGAGCAUGCUAAGUGUUGUGUUGCGCCUUACGGCAUGAAAGAUGUGCCAGCAUCCUGCAAGACAGCCAACUGGUGGGGAGUUCUUGAUAGCACUAACAAGUGGGCAACCUGUCCAGAUGGGUAUUUUAUGGGAGGUCUUUAUAGGACAGGGAAAAACCAUUGGCUGCAUAACAUCGAAGAGGCUCGAUGCUGUAAGCCAGAGGGCUUGCCAGAUAAAUAUGCAGACUGCUAUAAUGAGAAUGUUUGGGGUUCGUUUGAUGGUAAAGGACUCAGCGAGUGCAAGCGAGAGGGCUACUAUAUGGCUGGAAUAUUCAGAGGGAAAUGUGACAAGCUGUACUGUCUUGAAGAGUUUAAAUGUUGUCGAAUGAUAGCUAUUGAAGGCCCGCCCAUCCAAGCUGAUGAAACAAAAAGCAAAGAGUAAUUCCCAAAAACUAGAUUCGGCGUGCGGUAGAGGCUAGGUGAAGGGUUAGAUGGAAAUUAUUAACGCAAGAGUUUUAAACGUACGUCUAUCAUAUGGGAAUAAUGUUGCAUGACAUCAACAAUAAACGUGUUG